ACUAAAAUUUUUGGAUCCCACCACUGGCCCCGUCCCUCUCCAUGGCUGGCCUGCACAGGUGAGUGAGGUGCAUUUCAGCAUCAGGCUCCUCCGAACGCCUUUAGAAACCUGCUUUCCUUUCUCCUAGAUGGACCAGCCGCCUUCGACCUACAUGAUUGCCAACCUAGCCCCGUUGCAUUCAGAGCAGCUCCUGCAGGGCCUCAACCUCCUCCGGCAGCACCAUGAGCUCUGCGACGUCAUCCUGCGCGUCGGAGACGUCAAGAUCCACGCCCACAAGGUGGUCCUGGCCAGCAUCAGCCCCUACUUCAAGGCCAUGUUCAGCGGCAACCUCUCGGAGAAGGAGAACUCCGAGGUGGAGUUCCAGUGCAUCGCCGAGGCCGCCCUGCAGGCCAUUGUGGAGUACGCGUACACGGGGACCGUGUUCAUCUCGCAGGACACUGUGGAGUCCCUCUUGCCCGCUGCCAACCUUCUGCAAAUCAAGCUCGUGCUGAAGGAAUGUUGCACCUUCCUGGAGAGCCAGCUGGAUCCCGGGAACUGCAUCGGGAUCUCUCGCUUUGCCGAGACGUACGGCUGCCACGACCUCUACUCGGCCGCCAACAAGUACAUUUGCCGGAACUUUGAAGACGUUUGCCAGACGGAGGAGUUCUUUGAGCUGACGCAUUCCGAGCUGGACGAGAUCGUCUCCAACGACUGCUUGAACGUGGUCACCGAAGAGACGGUCUUCUACGCCCUGGAAUCCUGGAUCAAGUACGACGUGCAGGAGCGCCAGAAGUACCUGGCCCAGCUGCUGCACUGCGUGCGCCUGCCCCUGCUCAGCGUCAAGUUCCUCACGAGGCUUUAUGAAGCCAACCACCUCAUCCGCGACGACCACACCUGCAAGCACCUGCUGAACGAAGCCCUGAAGUACCAUUUCAUGCCUGAACACCGGCUGUCUUAUCAGACGGUGCUAACCACUCGCCCGCGCUGCCCUCCUAAAGUGCUCUGCGCUGUGGGCGGGAAAGCCGGACUCUUUGCUUGCUUGGAAAGCGUGGAGAUGUACUUUCCCCAAAACGACUCCUGGAUCGGUCUGGCACCUCUCCGCGUCCCUCGCUACGAAUUCGGGAUCUGCGUUCUCGGCCAGAAGAUCUACGUGAUGGGAGGGAUCGCCGCCCCCACCUGUCAAGGCGUCGACUACAACAAACACGAACGGUCUGUGGAAUGCUGGGAUCCCGACACAAACACCUGGGCGUCACUGGAAAGCAUGAACGAAGGCAGGAGCACCCUGGGCGUGGCAGUUCUGGCGCGAGAAAUCUAUGCCUUGGGGGGCUACGACGGGCAGUCCUACCUGCAGUCAGUGGAGAAAUACAUCCCCAAAGUGAAAGAGUGGCAGCCUGUCGCACCCAUGAGCAAAACCAGGAGUUGUUUUGCUGCAGCUGUGCUGGACGGCAUGAUCUACGCCAUCGGCGGCUACGGCCCUGCUCAUAUGAACAGCGUGGAACGGUAUGAUCCUGGCAAAGACUCGUGGGAGACGGUUGCUCCGAUGGCUGACAAACGAAUAAACUUUGGUGUUGGAGUCAUGCUGGGUUUCAUUUUCGUAGUCGGAGGCCACAACGGAGUCUCUCACUUAUCCAGCAUUGAGAGAUACGACCCUCACCAGAACCAGUGGACUGUCUGUCGGCCAAUGAAGGAACCCAGGACAGGAGUUGGUGCCGCCGUCAUUGACACCUACCUGUAUGUUGUCGGCGGCCACUCGGGCUCCUCCUACCUGAACACCGUCCAGAAGUACGACCCCAUCUCAGACGCCUGGCUGGACACGGCCGGCAUGACGCACUGCCGAUGCAAUUUUGGCCUGACUGCACUUUGAAGAGGCCCCGUUGGUGGACACAACUGGCAGGAAGAUCCUGGCCUCACGGAGACCAGAAGCCGCCUCUCUGGGAGCUGGGAGAAAGGGCGGAAGGCUUGCUUGAAAUGCAGACAGUUGGCCCCCACUGGUGCCAGUUCUGCGGGCACAUCACCACAAAAAAGUUUCAGGGGGGUGCCGUGCGGCAGAAAACCCAGCUACCAGGGAGCUGUGGUCGCACGCGGUCGUAGAUAAGGGGUGUGCUCCGUUGCCUGAUUGGGCUGUCGACACUCCCUCUCUUGGAGAAUUAGGGUCUCUGCUUCCUCUUAGGUGACCGACUUAGUAAACUUGCUUAAGACAAGGGGAUCCUUUGAGUCGAUCCCGCAAGCAGGCUGUCUUGAAUAGAGGUCUGGAUGCAUCUUUGCAUUGGGAGACCCUUGUGGCUUCAAAGUUUUUUUUUUACAAACACUUAACUAAAGGGCUGCCUUUUUCUUCAACUCUAGAUUUGUAAAUAAUCAAUGCCAUAGUCCAUUUGCCUGCACUUCCUUUCUUUCUUUUCCACUCUCCCUCCUUUUCAUUUAAUAACUUUGCUCAGUAGGUUGGGGUGGAUUAUAAUUUUUUAAAAAAUGGCUCGCCCCCCCCCCCCCCCCAGUAAAGGCGUUCAGCUCAGCCAUUUCACCCCGCAAUUCUUUGGACCUGCCGAAUACGUUCAACAAUAACUUUACUCAUUUGUGCUUGUCUCGCUAGGAAGAUUCUCUUACUUACAAGCCUGGCCUAGAAUUCAAGCUUUAUGUGGCAGAUCCUGCAACAUUGGUUUUCUGAAAUGAGAAGGUUUCCGGUCCCAGGGCCAUGGUCCCGCCUCUCCGCUCAGGUCCUGGCGGCCUGUUCCUCUGGUCUCCCGAAGGGAGAUUUAAUUUAAUUUAAUGAGCUGAGGACGGAAAUCUUGCGCCUGAGGAGGACGCUGCUGUUGCUGGGGUAGAGUGGGCAGAGACCGCCCCCAAAUGCCCUGUCCCGCCCCCUGCCCGUUGUGGCUCUGUGGCUGCAGACUCCCCAACAGCUGUAAAGAACGAGUGGUUUUUAAGCAUCGCAGCUUUGAAAUGGUGCUAAAAGGUUAGCUUUCUAGAAAGGGCGUUAGUCAUCGGGUGGGGGAGGGGGAAGGGGUGUCUGCACUACAGCCCCAGCUUGGCAGAUGGCAGCCCACUUAGGGAGCCCCCACCCCGCCAGCAAGCCCAAGAGGCGACCGACUCACGCGUCUGAUUCUUCCAAGGGGGUGGUUCUGCGUUCCUCUUGGUUCGUCUGUGCCUACGGAAAGCGCGCAGCCGGCGACGAACUGAGCAUUUUGUUCCCUGCGAAUGAGCUGUUUGGAUUUAAGCAGAUUCUCUGAGGGGAACUGACGGGAGGGAGCCCUCUGCCCGCCCACCCACUCCCCACAGGUGGCUCUUGCCUUCUUUCUUUUUCUUUCAUGGGUGCCCAAUGGGCAACGCCGUUCAUUUGCCAGGUGCUUCCUGGUUGCUGCACAUCCUACCCGCUGCCACUAGGGGUCCCUCUGCCUCAGUGGGGCUUUCCUGUGCUUGGGGGAGGGUGCCCCCCUUGAAGAGCCGUGCCUGCUGAGGCGGCCUUCAGGCGUUCUCCGUGGGCCCCGCCGGCGUUUGGGGGAAGCGCUCCAAGCCCUGCACGGCUGACUUCCAAGCCAUUUCUUCACCUUUCCUUUGUGAGCAGGCCCACGUAGAUCCCUUUCGUACUUUAUAACUACAUGCGCUGUUCCUUUUUUGUAUUUACAAACAUGCAAUAAUAACUGGAGGGCCUUUUCCUUCAGAGUAUGUAAAAGCCAAGUUCUUGUGAGCGGACUUCGUGUGCUCCGAGUCCCGGGAGGGCAACCAGUAGCUGGCAAAGCUAUCCUUCAUGAGCUCCUCGGACUUAAC